AUGUUCUCUGAGAGGCUGGCGGCAGGGGCUGAUGGCCUCUGGUCAAGUGGCAGGGGCACGGUGGCGCAGGAUCGCUGGGCGGAUGGCGAUGGGUGGCUCGGUGGCCGAUGCUCUGUGCUCCCUGAGAGCUGCGCGCGACUUAUGAAGGGCACGAGCCGCGCCCCUGGGACUGGGAGGUUAAUGAUUGGCAGCGCAGCGCGCCGGAGCCAGGUGUUCAAAAUAAAGUUUGUUUUGAUCAUGUGGCCCAAGGCCCUGCGCAAACCAUGCAGCCAGGCUCCUUCCACCAGGCCCGUGUGGGCCGUCUCUCUGUCCACCACCCUGUGUGGGGCCAACAGCCCUCACCAGGCAGGCCAAGUCACAGCCAAGGUGGCUGCUGGCACGGCCAUCUCUGGGUGCAUCCAUGAGCCCCCACUGCUCCCUGACAGGGGUCACAGCCUGGCUGGUGUCCGAGCCUCCUGUGGCCUGCACUUGCUGCCCCUUGGUGCCACACGCUUCCUUCUCUGGGAGGACACUCAGGUUCCCAGGUUCAGCUCCUCUGAGGACGAGAGCCCCUCUGCAGUGACAAGGACGCCACUUGUGAGGACAACUGUGAAGCACAGCACCCCUGAGGAGGCAGCCCUGGGCUGCAGCCUGAGGCCCCCGGGAGGUGCCUCCCACCUCGGUGCAUCUCCGAUGCCAGCGCACUCCUCUCUGGACCUCAUAACCCAUCUAGUAGGGGUCAGCCCUGUGGCCACCUUCAGAAAGAGGAGGCUUUCUACCAUCCGGGCCUCCACAGGGUCCCAGAGUCAGUCAGGGCCCGAUCCAGUCCCCUUGCCUCCUGGGAAAGAACCACCUGCAUCGGCCUCCUCAGCCCAGCAGCAGAAGGGACAGUCACAUGGAGCAAAGAGCUGGCCACGGAACUCAGGGUUGCCGGGGAUUUCAAACACAGCCAAGAGGAAGAGACGUGACCCGAAGAAGUGGGUGGCUGCGAUGGAGCGAGUGCAACAGUGGGAAGCCCACCUGCUGCAGAGCAUCGAGGAAGCCACCCAGCACGAGCUCACCAUCGAAGACGACUGA